AUACCCACAUUGUGAACUCUCUCUAUUUUCUUCGUCUCUUCUAUGCGCUCUGUUUAUUUUGCCGAGAAAAUCAGAGAAAAUUUUCUCACUGAGAAAAACCAAAAACCUUUGUGAUUUCUUCAUCAAUUCAAUGCUGACAAAUUCUGAAGAAGAAUUAUCACAAAGGAUUGAUUAAUAUCUCUGUUAUUCAACGCAAUUUCUCAAUUAAUUAAAAAUAUAAAAAUUCAUUUUAUUUUCUCUGUUGUUACUCGGAAUUUUCUCGAAACUCAUCACUUCGAAGACUUCACGAUCACUCUGUGAUUUGGCUUUGUUAAGUUGAUCUCUUCGAAGUGAUUCUUCCUUCUCGUUGAUUUUUGACGGUUAGAUCUGAAGUAUUAUCGUUUCUGAUUCUUGUAUAAGCUGCUUGAAAUUGUUGAGAAUUUUGAAAUUUUGAAUUAUCGAAAUUGAAACGAAGAAUUCGUUGUUGAAGAAGGAGAGAGUGGUGAGAACUGAGAAGUGUCGUUUCUGCGUUUUGAUAGAAUGAAACGGUUACGGGACGAAGGUUUCACGAGUUCUUCUUCUCAACUCAAACGAGAACAGUCUGGGCAACCUCAGAUGAUGAAUGGAGCUGGUCAAAAACUGACUACUAAUGAUGCCUUAGCGUAUCUCAAGGCAGUAAAGGAUAUUUUUCAAGAUAAGAGGGAUAAAUAUGAUGAAUUUUUGGAGGUCAUGAAAGAGUUUAAAGGACAGAGAAUUGAUACUGUGGGUGUCAUCGCUAGAGUGAAGGAUCUUUUUAGAGGUCACACAGAUUUGAUAUUAGGAUUCAACACCUUUUUGCCAAAGGGAUAUGAAAUCACCCUUCCGAUAGAGGAUGAGCAACCUCACCCGAAAAAGCCAGUUGAAUUUGAUGAAGCUAUGAGUUAUGUGAACAAGAUAAAGACUCGGUUUCGUGGCGAUGAUCGUGUUUACAAGUCAUUUCUAGAAAUAUUGAAUAUGUACAGAAAGGAAAAUAAGUCUAUCGACGCGGUCUACCAGGAGGUUGCUGCCCUCUUUGAAGACCACCCAGAUCUUCUUGACGGGUUUAUUCAGUUUCUUCCUGACGCUACCACAGCUGCCUCUACUCAUGCUGCUGCUCGGAAUUCUGUGUUUCGUGAUAGGCGCUCUGCAAUGCCAACAGUGCGGCAAGUGCAUGUUGAAAAGAGAGAAAGGACCAUUGUUUCACACGGUGACCGUGACCCCAGUGUUGACCGUCCUGACCCAGAGCAUGAUGGACGCUUGUUCAGGGCUGAAAAGGAGCAUAAGAGACGUGUGGAGAAGGAAAAGAGCCGCAGAGAAGAUAGAGACAGGAGAGAACGAGAACGAAAUGAUAGAGAUUAUGAGCAUGACAGGGGUCGAGAUAGGGAACGGUUAUCCCAGAAACGGAAAUCUGAUCAUAAGGUUGAAGACUCAGGAGCUGAACCAUUGCUUCAUGCAGAUCAAAAUUUUGGUAUGUAUAGUCAAGAGUUAGCUUUCUGUGCUGAAGUCAAAGAGAGAUUACGAAAUCCUGAUGACUACCAGGAAUUUUUGAAGUGUUUACAUAUUUACAGCAGGGAAAUUAUUACUCGACAAGAAUUGCAGUCACUGGUGGGUGAUUUACUGGGAAAGUAUCCAGAUCUUAUGGAAGGGUUUAAUGAUUUUUUGCUUCAAGCUGAGAAAAAUGAUGGUGGAUUCCUUGUUGGUGUCAUGAAUAAAAAGUCCUUAUGGAUUGAAGGAAAUGGACUGAAACCAAUGAAGGCUGAACGGAGGGAUAGAGAUAGGGGUUAUGAUAAAGAUCGUUACAGGGAUGAUGGGAUGAAAGAAAGAGAUCGUGAAUCCCGAGAAAGGGAUAAAUCUACUACAAUUUCCAACAAGGAUGUUUCAGGUUCUAAGAUGUCUAUAUAUCCCAGCAAGGAUAAGUAUCUCUCAAAACCAAUAAAUGAGCUGGACCUUUCUAACUGUGAGCAAUGCACUCCCAGUUACCGUCUCCUACCAAAAAAUUAUCCAAUACCUAUUGCUAGCCAGAGAACAGAACUUGGUGCGGAAGUGUUGAACGAUCACUGGGUGUCGGUCACUUCAGGAAGUGAGGAUUAUUCCUUUAAACAUAUGCGCAAAAAUCAGUAUGAAGAGAGUUUGUUUAGAUGUGAAGAUGACAGGUUUGAACUUGAUAUGUUGUUAGAAUCUGUAAACGUGACAACUAAACGAGUAGAAGAGCUGUUAGAAAAGGUCAACAAUAAUCUAAUUAGAAGAGACAGCCCAAUUCGUAUUGAGGAGCACUUAACAGCUCUAAAUUUCAGGUGUAUUGAACGAAUAUAUGGUGACCAUGGUCUUGAUGCCUUGGAAGUGCUAAAGAAGAAUGCAUCCCUAGCUUUGCCAGUGAUAUUAACACGCUUGAAGCAGAAACAAGAAGAGUGGGAAAGAUGUCGUGCUGAUUUCAGUAAAGUAUGGGCUGAAAUAUAUUCCAAGAAUUAUCACAAAUCUCUUGAUCAUCGUAGCUUCUACUUUAAGCAGCAGGACACAAAAAGUUUGAGCACCAAAGCCUUACUGGCCGAAAUCAAAGAAAUCAAUGAGAAGAAACUCAAAGAAGACGAUGUUCUUCUUGCAAAUGCUGCUGGAAAUAGACGGCCUAUUUUUCCAAACCUGGAGUUUGAGUAUCUUGAUCCACACAUUCAUGAAGAUUUGUAUCAGCUUAUAAAAUAUUCGUGUGGAGAAGUUUGCACAACUGAACAGUUGGAUAAAGUUAUGAAGGUUUGGACAACAUUUUUAGAAUCCAUGUUUUGUGUUCCUUGUCGGCCCCAGGGUGCUGAAGAUACUGAAGAUGUUGUUGUGGCUAAGAAUAAUUCUGGGAGAAAUGUUGCUGAAAGUGAUGGUAGUCCUGGGGUUGGCGCUACCAUAGUGAACCCAAAGCAUAUAAAUACUUCUAGAAAUGGUGACGAGUGUGUGCCAUUAGAUCAGUCAACUUCUAGCAAAGCAUGGGAAUCAAAUGGUGAUACUGGGAUUAGAGAAGAUAAAUGCCUUGAUUCAGAUUGUACUGUGCGUAAAAGUGAAACUUGCGGCAGUAAUCCACAACACGGUAACCCGGAUAUUAUAGCAUUCACGCCUACUGAGCUAUCAGGAGUCAAUAUGCAAGAUCUCUCUGGUGAGCGGUUAGUGAAUGCUAAUGUUGCACCAGCAUCUGGAGUGGAGCUGAGUAAUGGAAGUACAAAGAUAGAUAAUGCAUCAGGACUUGCUGCUACUCCAUCUAGAAAUGGUAAUGUAUCUGUCGUGGGAGGACUUGAAUUACCUUCAUCAGAGGGUGGUGAUUCUGCAAGACCAGGUACAUCCACAAAUGGGGCCAUCGCUGGAGGCACUGAAGUUUCCAGAGACCUAGAGGAAUCAAAUCGACAGUUCAAAAGCGAAAGAGAAGAGGGUGAGUUGUCUCCAAUUGGAGAAUUUGAAGGGGAAGAAGCCAGGAGAGAGAAUUAUGCGGAUGCUGAUGAUGAAGGGGAAGAAAGUCCUCAGAGGUCAUCAGAGGACAGUGAAAAUGCUUCUGAAAAUGUUGAUGUUUCUGGAAGCGAAUCUGCUGAUGGAGAGGAGGGUUCUCAAGAAGAGCAUGAGGAUGGAGAACAUGAUGAUAAGGCUGAAAGUGAAGGUGAAGCUGAAGGAAUGGCUGAUGCGCAUGACAUUGAAGGAGAUGGAACGCCAUUGCCAUUUUCUGAACGCUUUCUUCUAAACGUGAAGCCAUUGGCAAAGCAUGUUCCCCCAGUGUUCCAUGUUAAAGACAGGAAUUCUCCUGUUUUUUAUGGAAAUGACUCCUUUUAUGUCCUGAUUAGACUUCAUCAGACAUUGUAUGAGAGGAUACAUUCAGCAAAGGCUAACUCAACAUCCACUGAAAGGAAAUGGAGGGCUUCAAAUGAUACAAACUCUACUGAUCAAUACGACAGGUUCAUGAAUUCCCUUUACAGUUUGCUGGAUGGUUCUUCUGAUAAUACCAAAUUUGAGGAUGAUUGUCGAGCUAUUAUUGGAACUCAAUCAUAUCUCUUAUUCACGUUGGACAAACUGAUAUAUAAACUUGUUAAACAGCUUCAAGCUAUUGCGAGUGAUGAGAUGGAUAAUAAGCUUCUUCAACUAUAUGCAUAUGAGAAAUCAAGAAAACAUGAAAAGUUUGUCGAUAUAGUUUAUCACGAAAAUGCUCGUAUUCUUCUUCACGAUGAGAACAUAUAUCGCAUUGAAUAUUCACCAAAACCAAAGACACUCUCUAUUCAACUCAUGGAUUGUGGAAAUGAUAAGCAUGAAGUGACUGCUGUGUCAAUGGACCCGGAAUUUUCAGCCUAUCUGAACAAUGAUUUCCUCAUUAUUGUCCCCGAUGAGAACUACUCAGGGAUUUUCUUGAAAAGGAACAAACGGGGAUAUUCCUGUAGUGAUGAAUUUUCAUGUGAGGUUAUGGAAGGACUACAAGUUAUUAAUGGUCUCGAGUGUAAGAUAGCUUGCGAUUCUUCUAAGGUGUCGUACGUUUUAGAUACAGAAGACUUCUUGUUUCGGACUAGAAGCAGAAGAAAAGCUUUGCAUCUGAAGAGUUCGUGCCAUGAACAAGAGAAGUCUUCAAACAUUCGUUCCAAAAGAGUAGCAAGGUUCCGCAAAUUGUUGUCCUUGACAUGACAGUGUACAUUCAGAGCUGGGAGUACUUUUCAAGUUCUGUUGGCAGAGGGCUAGAUGUAAAAGACAUUGUAUCCUAGAAGUUGAUAGAAGGAUGUAUGUAUGUAUGAUAAUUCACCAUAUUUUAUUAUAGUUAAACUAAUAAAGUUUACAGAAGGGGGGAAGCAUGGUGCUGCGAGAAGAGGAAUAGAGAUUAUACACUGGUGAUGACUCACAAUAAUGUGAAUGUGAAUAGGUGUAAUUUGUUAUGUGACUAUAGGAUAUUUUAUUCCAUUCAUCCAUAAUUUUGUUUUCAAGUUUAUCAUAUCACAUUACCUUUUACUUCAAUGAUAUUGAGACUAUUUUUUAUGGAACAUUUGGUGGCUGCAAUUGGCCUCCAAUUUCAAA